GGGGUGGUGUCCCCGGCCGGUUUUGGGGGGUGCGUUGCCCGGAGACGGAAAGUUUUGGACCCGAAGCAGGCAUUGCUGCGGCCCUGGGGAGGGUGUCCAGGGGGCGGUGGCCCUGGGGAUGGGGAAGGAGCAGGAGCUGCUGGAGGCGGCCCGCACCGGGCACCUCCCGGCCGUGGAGAAGCUGCUGUCCGGGAAGCGGCUGUCCUCUGGCUUCGGGGGUGGCGGUGGCGGCUCCGGAGGCGGUAGCGGCGGCGGCGGAGGCUCUUCGAGCCAUCCCCUCUCCAGUCUGCUCAGCAUCUGGAGAGGGCCCAACGUGAACUGUGUCGACAGCACCGGGUACACCCCUCUGCACCACGCCGCUCUGAACGGCCACAAGGAUGUGGUCGAAGUUCUUCUGAGGAAUGACGCGCUGACCAAUGUGGCUGAUUCUAAAGGCUGUUACCCUCUGCACUUGGCAGCCUGGAAAGGAGAUGCCCAGAUAGUGCGGCUGCUCAUCCAUCAAGGGCCCUCACACACCAAAGUCAAUGAACAGAAUGCUCUUGAGAUCAAAGAACUCAAAAAGUACGGCCCCUUUGACCCUUAUAUCAAUGCCAAGAACAAUGACAAUGAGACGGCCCUGCAUUGCGCAGCACAGUAUGGCCACACGGAGGUGGUGAAGGUCCUCCUGGAGGAACUGACAGACCCCACGAUGCGCAACAACAAAUUCGAGACGCCCCUGGACCUGGCUGCACUGUACGGGAGACUGGAGGUGGUGAAGAUGCUCCUCAACGCACACCCCAACCUCUUGAGCUGCAACACUAAGAAGCACACCCCUCUGCACCUGGCAGCCAGGAACGGCCACAGAGCUGUGGUCCAGGUGCUCCUGGAGGCUGGCAUGGACAGCAACUACCAGACGGAGAAGGGCAGUGCUUUGCAUGAGGCUGCUUUGUUUGGCAAGACCGAUGUGGUGCAAAUCCUGCUGGCUGCAGGAAUUGACGUCAACAUAAAAGAUAACCGUGGACUGACUGCCCUAGACACGGUGCGGGAGCUGCCUUCUCAGAAGAGCCAGCAGAUAGCAGCACUAAUUGAAGAUCACAUGACUGGAAAAAGAACUGUGAAAGAGCUAGAUAAAACGCCCACAGCCCAGCCGUCUGUCAUUCCCAGUGCGGACUCCAUACCCCAGAAGUCUCAGGCCUCCUCUUCAGGUGACGUGGAGAAGGCAGUGACUGAGUUGAUCAUCGAUUUUGACGCAAGCACUGAAGAGGAGGGUCCCUACGAGGCACUGUGCAAUGCCGUCUCCUGCCACUCAUUGGACAGCGUGGCCAGUGGGCGAUCAUCAGACCGGGACUCCGGCAGCAAGGAGGCUGAUGCCGCAGCAGUGAAAGUUGCUGGAGUGAGACCUAGGGAACGCCCACCGCCUCCAGCAAAGCCCCCGCCGGACGAGGAGGAGGAAGACCUCAAAGAUAAGAAGCAUUUCCCCCUGGCAGCUUCUGAGGCCUUGGCCAUGAGAGCCCGGAUUCAGGGGAGUGCAGCCAGGGAAGAGGAUGAGCAUCCCUAUGAGCUGUUGCUAACAGCAGAAACAAAGAAGCUGCCGGCAGUGGAUGGAAAAACAAAAGACCACAGGCAGAGCAGCUGCAGCCGGAGCCAGGACUCUGCAGAGGGGCAGGACGGGCAGGUCCCAGAGCAGUUCUCGGGGCUCCUCCACGGCUCCUCCCCGGUGUGCGAGGUGGGGCAGGACCCUUUCCAGCUGCUCUCUGCCACUGGCCAGAGCCAUCCAGAAGUGUCCCCCACGCAGGGCACCUGCCACGAGACCAGCAUGCAGCUGGAGGAGCCGGGUGUGCACGCUCCUGGAGGCUCCCCGCCCAGUGUCCUGGACCAGAGUAAGAGAGUGGGCUACCCAGCAGGCCUGCCCACCACUAACAGCCAAUCGCACCCCGAAACUUUGACUCACACAGCGUCUCCACACCCUGGUGGUGCCGAGGAAGAAGGAGACCGGAGCGGGGCCAGAAGCCGGGUCCCUCCCACCAGCAAACCCAAAGCCGAACUCAAACUCAGCCGCAGCUUGUCCAAGUCCGACUCCGAUCUCCUGACCUGCUCACCCACGGAGGACGCUGCGAUGGGGAGCCGGAGCGAGUCUUUGUCCAACUGUAGCAUCGGGAAGAAGAGGCUCGAGAAGUCGCCCUCUUUCGCCUCAGAGUGGGAUGAGAUUGAGAAAAUCAUGAGCUCCAUUGGAGAAGGGAUUGACUUUUCUCAGGAGCAGCAGAAGAUCUCAGGUUCGCGGACGCUGGAGCAGAGCGUCGGGCAGUGGCUGGAGGCGGUGGGGCUGCAGCAGUAUGAGAGCAAGUUGCUGCUGAAUGGCUUUGACGAUGUCCGCUUCCUGGGGUCUAACGUGAUGGAAGAGCAGGACCUGCGGGAUAUUGGCAUCAGUGACCCACAGCACCGCCGGAAGCUGCUCCAGGCUGCACGGUCCCUGCCCAAGGUGAAGGCCCUGGGCUAUGACGGGAACAGUCCCUCAUCAGUGCCCUCCUGGCUGGACUCCCUGGGGCUGCAGGACUAUGUCCAUUCCUUCCUGUCCAGUGGCUACAGCUCCAUUGACACUGUGAAGAACCUCUGGGAGCUGGAGCUCGUCAACGUUCUAAAGGUUCACCCGCUCGGCCAUCGCAAGCGUAUCAUCGCCUCCCUUGCAGACAGGCCCUACGAGGAGCCACCCCAGAAGCCCCCGAGGUUUUCCCAGCUUAGGUGCCAAGACCUGCUCUCCCAGACGUCGUCCCCUCUGAGCCAGAGCGACUCGUGCACUGCACGGUCUGCGGACCUGCUGCUUCCUCCUGGGGACACAGGCAGAAGGCGGCAUGACAGUCUUCCCGACCCCACGGCACCCUCUCGAGCAGAGCGCUUCAGAAGCCAGGAAGAGCACCGCGAAGCCAGGCUGACCCUCCGGCCCCCGAGCCUUGCUGCCCCCUAUGCCCCUGUGCAGAGUUGGCAACACCGGCCAGAGAAACUCAUCUUUGAAUCCUGUGGUUAUGAAGCCAAUUAUCUGGGCUCCAUGUUGAUCAAAGAUCUUCGAGGGACGGAAUCCACACAAGACGCCUGUGCCAAGAUGCGGAAAUCCACGGAGCACAUGAAGAAGAUCCCCACCAUCAUCCUGUCCAUCACCUACAGAGGCGUCAAGUUCAUUGAUGCCUCCAACAAGAACGUCAUUGCCGAGCAUGAGAUCCGGAACAUUUCCUGUGCGGCCCAGGACCCAGAGGACCUCUGCACGUUUGCCUACAUCACCAAGGACCUGCAGACCAGCCACCACUAUUGCCACGUUUUCAGCACAGUGGACGUGAACCUGACCUACGAGAUCAUCCUGACGCUGGGGCAGGCGUUUGAGGUGGCCUACCAGCUGGCCCUGCAGGCCCAGAAGUCCAGGCCGAUGGGCGCCUCUGCCACUGAGAUGAUCGAGACAAAAUCUUCCAAACCGGUGCCUAAGCCUCGUGUCGGCAUGAGGAAGUCAGCACUAGAGCCUCCUGACAUGGACCCAGACGCCCAGUCCCAUGCCAGUGUCUCCUGGGUGGUGGACCCCAAACCAGACUCUAAGCGGAGCCUCAGCACCAACUGCUGACGCCGGGCCCCGCCCCGGGACCUGCUCUGCUCCUGGGCAGCAGCUGCAGACACUGCACUCACAGCUUGUACCUACCACCGGACACUGUGAAUCCCCCGGGCAAGGCCAGCUUGGGGGCUGAGCCACUGAGGAACCGGCUGUGCUGCGGAAACACAGGUGUGGGGAGCGCAGGCUUCCGCCGCCACCACCUCACCGUCCCACCUGCAGCUCUGAAGACCCAGGCCGGCCUCUGCCCGGGGGACCCCUCUCCGCCGCCCGGCCCGGGCCCGCCCCGGGCCCUGCAGAGCGAGCCCUGCGCUGGCUGGGGACCACUGUGGGCCUCUGGCCGAGGAGACUGGAACUCCAGAGGGUCAAGAAGUGAUUUGUCCAGAACACAUUUUUUAAUAGAAAAUUGUUUUAUAAAAUGAACUUUUAACACUUGGCUCUGACCUCUAGGUUAAACUGCCAACUUCUCGACAGUGGCCGUAGGAUCAGAGGACAGGGGAGCUGAGAUCGGUCAAGGCCAGUCUCCCUGGCUUCUGCCCGAGGACAGGAUUUUGGCCCGAGCUCCAGUGGGUCUGCCGAGAAGGCAGCGGCCUGUGGGCAGUGGAAAGGGGCAGGCACAGGCAGAACUGACUCCGAGUUGUCAGUGUCUGCGUCCCAGCCCACCCGCGUUAGACACGCUGUUCCCUACAACCCUCACACUCCUCGUCCCCGCCUGGGCCUGGACACGGCCGGAGAGUCCCCUGGCAGCAGCAAUGCUUCUGGUCUGUGUCGGGUUCCAGCAGUAAAGGUCGGGGGUCAAAUGGCGAAGGGCAAGCAGUUCUGGGGCCAUGAAGCCGGAGCCAGUGCCUAGAGCUCUGGGCGCCCCCCAGCCUCCGGCCUGCUGCUGGUCAGAGCCGUGCCCUGGGCUGCCCGGCCCACAGGCUCUCUGGUGGUGACGUCCGACGGGCUGGGUUGAGUCAGAAAGGAGGAAAAGCAACUUCAUUUUGGGCAUUAAUGGGCAGGUCGACUAAGAUUGCUACCUGCCAAUUUCUGAUUUGUUUAAUCAGGUCUCUGUGAUUAGGACUCGCUGUCUCUGAGUUAGUGGUUUGACUGUUAUAUUUUCAUCUGCUGGCUCGUCCCUGGCUCCGGAUGUAGGAAAGGCAGAGGUGACAGUGUGGUUCUCCCAUGUGACCUUCAGGGCACCAGUGUCUGGGUGCUCCGCUGUCCCUGCAGCCCCCCGGGGCUUGCUUUGCUUUUUAACUGUGGGUGUGUUCCUCCUCCCGGGGUGUAGCGAAACAAGAGGCUGGUUGCUGUGAGGCCAAGAGGCAGAGCCAGGUCAGCUGAUUGUCCAGUACCUUCCAGAGCAGGGCGCACUCCUCACGCUUCUCGGGCACAGCUCGGCCUGCCUGGCACCGGAAGUCCAGGCCUCAGCAGCACGCCUCUGCCCAGGGAGGGUGGGCGUUGAAACUCGAGGCUGGCGCGCAUGUGCAGGGAGGCCUCUCGGGGCCCAUUCACGAGCCCACGGUUGGCCAAACACUGAAAGCAGGGCCGUGUCCUCCUGCUGACGUGGGCCGGGGCCUGGUAGUCACCUCCCCUCUGGAGCAGUGGUGGGUGAUCCUCUGCUUUUCGGUACUAAACAGGAACCUCGACACCCGGAGGUCUGACCUGCUUUCUUCAGGGGGUGCCAAGGACCGGAGACGGCGGGCACACAGUGCCGCUGCAGGGCUCUGCGGUCCGGGAGGGCCAGCCCGUCUGGGGACCCUCUGGGUGUGGUGGUGGGCCCAAAAAGAAAACUGUAGACACUACGAUGAGCUCUCCAGCCUUGUGUUUUUAAGUCACAUGCAGGCGUUCCUCCCCCUCAAAGCUGCUAUAUCUUCUUUAUUUAUUCAGGGUAUUUUCACAUGGGAGAGCCUUGGCUGAUCUGCUUUGGCUCUGGAUCUUGUUUUGAGAUUGGUUUACUUCUGAAAGCUAAUCUGCUUUGGCUCUGGAUUUUGUUUUGAGAUUGGUUUACUUCUGAAAGGAAAGGACUGGUUCUUCUUUUCUUUUUUUACUCUCCUCUGGGGCAGGUGCUCUCCCUUCCCUAGAAAGAAAUAGUGUGACUGCGGACAGGCCUCACGUGGGAGAGCCCCUGCUCCUGCCCGUCUCCGAGUCUCUGAGCUGUGGGAGCCUGUUCAGCUGGGACUGUGGGGUUGGUCCCCGUUGCCGGCCGCGGGCUGUCCCAUUGCCUCUCUUCUGCUUGCCAGCCGCUCUGAGCAUGGCUGCCCUCUGGGCGGGCUCCGCCUUUGCCAUGCUCCACGCCCCUCUCCAGCUUCCAGCAUCGGACUGUAGGGCGAGUUGCUUGAGAAUUCUUGGGCUGGGCAGGCAGCUGGUGGUUGCGGUCUGCUAGACACUAGAAAGCUGGUCUGACCUUGGUCUGUCCUUGAGAUGCCCUGGCUUGCAGGAUGAUUGUCACAAAAGUAUUGUUGCUGAUGGUGUGGCAAUGGGACUGAAUUGUAAUAAAAAUGUUAUUUAAUCUUUG